CUAGGCCUCAUCUCGGGAGCUACAGCUUCUCGUCUCGGUUCUUGGGUCGCUCCAGACCCCGAAGGAAGGGUGUCCAUUCCGCCUCUUCGCCUCCGCCCCUCGCGGCGCCGAACGCCCCCAAACUCUUCCGCAGCCCCCUCCCGCCUUGUGGCUUGGUCCCCUGCAAAACGCCAUGGCGCCCAGGAAGGGCAACAGUCGGGUGACCAAGACCAACUCGCUGCGGAGCCGGAAACUCGCCUCCUUUCUUAAGGAUUUCGACCGGGAAGUGCAAGUCAGGAUCAAGCAGAUCGCGUCCGACAGGCAGAACCUCCUCAAGGAGGUGGACAACCUGUACAACAUCGAGGUCCUCCGACUGCCCAAGGCGCUGCGCGAGAUGAACUGGCUCGACUACUUCGCCCUUGGAGGAAACAAACAGGCCCUGGAGGAGGCAGCAACAGCUGACGUGGAUAUCACAGAAAUAAACAAACUGACAGCAGAAGCCAUGCAGACACCCCUGAGGUCUGCCAAGUCACGAAAGGCAAUACAAAUGGAUGAAAUGAUAGUGGAAGAAGAGGGAGAAGAAGAAGAAGAAGAAAACAAGCUUAAGAACCCUCAAACUGCAAGAGUCAAAAGGUGCCCUCCCUCCAAGAAGAGGACCCAGUCCCUACAAGGAAAAGGCAGAAGCAAAAGGUCAAGCCGCAGUCAGAUGGUGACGCCGGCUCUAAGCCGACUGGAGUUGUCCAUGGUCAGACCAACUCCAGGCCUGACGCCCAGGUUUGACUCCAGAGUCUUCAAGACCCCGGGCCUGCGCACUCCGGCAGCCAGAGAACACAUCUACAACAUCUCUGUGAACGGCAGCCCCCUGGCCGACAGCAAGGAGGUCUUCCUCACUGUGCCCGUGGGCGGCGGCGCGAGCGUGCGGCUACUGGCCAGUGACUUGCAGAGGACUGAUAUCGCACAGCUGGACCCAGAGGCCUUGGGAAAUAUUAAGAAGCUCUCAAGCCGUCUCGCCCAAAUCUGCAGCAGCAUACGGACCCACAAGUGAGACAGCAGGCAGGACCGGGUGCGGCACAACCACAGCAGCUGGGCACACAGACCUCCUCCCCUCCUCCUCUGGGGGCACUGCAUGGAGCCUCAGCAUCUUUCGCGGCCUGUGCCCAGUUGUUUCUUUUCAAGCUGGCUUGUGGAACAGUUUUCCUGUCUAUCCUAUUUAUCAAAGACCAAAACUCAGCUCGGAGGCAGCUUCAUGUUUUGCACGUCUACCUCUCCAGCUAGUUAGUCUGUGGACAGAGGAACUGUAGAAUUUAGCCUUGUCUGGGGUUUUGGUGACUGGCUGUCCCUAAGCUCUCUGACCUAGUUGUCCCUGCAAGGUGGGUGGGUUCUGCAGAAAGCUCUUCUGUCCCUCAGGGCCCAUGGCCCAGAUGUGACUGGAGUGGUGGCCUUACUCCACGUGUGGAGCCUGUGCCCCUGGGCACAGGUGAGUUCUAUGAGUCGGCCCUUCUGCCCCCACAGUCCUGCGCUGCGGCCCAGGCACCGGGAGCCGAGUUGUCCCGCAGGCCUAGGGGCACAGUCUCUCCUGGAAGGCUCCGGGGGUAGCUUGUAUUUUGUGACAUGAUCGAUCACGUAGUGCAGGCCUGUGCAAACUGAUUUGUUUUUAAAUUGCUUAGUCUCCUCUUCCUGAGGUUUUUGUACGUACUGUUUUCCUAAAUACUGGUAUCUGUAAGCUGAUGGUUCUGAUCCCAGCUUCUCAAGGAUACCCGCUUACAAUAAACUCUUGAGUU